AUGAAGGUUCCACAAGAGGUUUUGAUCAAAAUCUUCGCAAUGGCGACCAGGAGUAGAGGAAGUGCGGCCUCAUGGAUUUUAUAUCAGUGGAGGAGUAAAGGCUGGUUCGAAAAGCAGCUUUAUGAGAGGGUCCUGCUGCGCGAUGAAGAAACCGCCUCUUUAUUCGUUCAAUGCCUGCGACGUCGCGACAUGCACGAGGAGUUUGCGAAGACAUCCGUCAAAUCACUAUCGCUCUCUGGAGAUGUUCAGGUCUCAACUAUUAUCGAUAUCCUGUGUCUCUGCACGGGAAUAAAUCACCUUAGCCUAAUUCCCGACCACGAUGAUUUUCAAAGCGACAUAGCACCUCUACUACAAUUGCUGGACACCCUACCUCUGAAGGUACUGUCGUUACAAGUCGCCGUCCAGCUCACUUCCCCUUCCAUCUCCAAUGUCACCUUCUUCGCCAAACUCACGCAUCUUGAGAUCGACCCGAGCGACAUGCUUCAACACGCUGACAUGGCAUGCUUCCCUCAGUUGACUCAUCUAUCGCUGUGGAGCAGCUUUCACCACCCACGCGACAGAAUACCAUCGCUGGUGAAGCGGAUUCUCUGCCAUCCAACCCUCCAGGUACUCAUAUUCCGUGUCACCUAUCACCGAAACCUUGCAAAGUUUCUGGAUGACAACAUGCUCAACGAUCCUCGCAUCGUCCUCGCACCACCAAAGGUCUAUUUGUGGGAUGAUCUUGGGCGUUCAUCCAUGCUACUGUGGGAGCUAGCUGAGGAACGGGUUGCAUCGGCUGAGCCAAAUCACAGUUCGUCCAUCCUUUCCAUUAUGGCGACAUUCACUAACUACACCAUACAGACAACCAUCGCUGCUUUACAAGGACCAUGCUCAAGAACGGAAUCUUGGAUUGUAUGA